AUGGCCGGCGGCCACCGCCUGCUGCUGGAGAACGCGCGGCAGGUGGUGCUGGUGUGCGCCCGCGGGGAGCGCUUCCUGGCGCGGGGCGCGCUGCGCAGCCUGGCGGUGCUGGAGGGCGCCAGCCUGGUGGUGGGCGCGGAUGGGUGUAUAAAGGCCAUCGGUCCUGCUGAUGCUAUCCAAAGACAGUUUGCUAAAGAAACUUUUGAAGAAAGAAUUGACUGUUCUGGGAAAUGCAUCUUGCCAGGUUUGGUGGAUGCACACACACAUCCAGUAUGGGCUGGAGAAAGAGUUCACGAGUUUGCUAUGAAGUUGGCAGGAGCCACGUACAUGGAUAUUCACCAGGCUGGCGGGGGGAUCAACUUCACGGUGGAGCGCACCCGCCAGGCCUCGGAGGAGGAGCUGUUCAGCUCCUUCCAGCAGCGGCUUCAGUGCAUGAUGCGGGCGGGCACCACGCUGGUGGAAUGCAAGAGCGGAUAUGGCCUCAACCUGGAGACAGAGCUCAAGAUGCUGCGGGUGAUUGAGCGAGCCCGGCGGGAGCUGGACAUUGGCAUCUCCUCCACUUACUGCGGGGCUCACUCAGUGCCAAAAGGAAAAACAGCCACUGAAGCUGCUGAUGACAUAGUCAAUAAUCACCUCCCAAAGCUGAAGGAACUUAGCAGAAAUGGGAACCUACACGUUGAUAACAUAGACGUGUUCUGUGAGAAAGGCGUCUUUGAUCUGGAUUCCACCAGAAGGAUUCUUCAGAGUGGAAAAGAUAUAGGAUUACAAAUUAAUUUUCAUGGGGAUGAACUCCACCCGAUGAAGGCUGCAGAGCUGGGGGCUGAAUUGGGAGCCCGGGCAAUCAGUCACCUGGAGGAAGUAAGUGAUGAGGGCAUCGCUGCCAUGGCAACGGCCAGGUGCUCUGCAGUCCUUCUGCCCACCACUGCCUACAUGCUGAGACUGAAACAGCCUCGAGCCAGGAAGAUGUUAGAUGAAGGUGUCAUCGUUGCUCUUGGCAGUGACUUCAACCCCAAUGCCUAUUGCUUUUCAAUGCCCAUGGUCAUGCAUCUGGCUUGUGUAAACAUGAGGAUGUCCAUGCCGGAGGCCUUGGCCGCUGCCACCAUCAAUGCAGCUUAUGCAUUGGGAAAAUCUCACACGCAUGGAUCUUUGGAAGUUGGCAAACAGGGUGAUCUCAUUAUCAUUAAUUCAUCCAGAUGGGAGCACUUGAUUUACCAGUUUGGAGGCCAUCAUGAAUUAAUUGAAUAUGUUAUAACUAAAGGAAAAGUCAUCUAUAAGAAAUGAUACAUCCUAAAGGAAAGAGAACACUGUGUAAAAGCAGUCCAAACAGUUAUCUUAAAGUUAAAAUAUUUUAUCAGAAUGAUGUCGCUUAAAUAUAGUUCAGUGUUUUGUUAAUCUACUUGAAAAACCCAAGGAAUUAAUGAGUUUUAAUUUAAUAUGUGUACCUAGACACAUAAACAGAUAAAUUGAUUGUGAUGAUAAUCUCCAAAUAUUAAGUUUUUUCACAAAGAUAUGUGAUACAGACUCUGAAGAUGAAAAUGAUGGAGCAUUAGAAAAAUGCAUUUUGGGGGAAAAGCAGAUUGGCAAUUAGGUAGAGAUGGUUUGAAAUUCCCAUUUGUUUCUGCUUUUCAAAUUUUAGCUUUUUAAACAAUAUUUAGUGAAAAUUGGGAGAGGGAGGGAAAUUCAAGCACUAUGCCCCAGAUUAAGCUAAAAUGUCACCUUUUGUAAUACACAAGUAGUUUUUCCUUUUCCCACAUAGUUUGUCUUAUUAGGUGCCCUUCAAAUACCCCAGGAUCCCCUGAGGAAGAGUGAACCUCUAUUUCUAAUUUCUUCACUACACUUGUCACAGAGCUUCACAGCAAAUUCCCAAGACCCAUCAUUUUAUGCAUGGGUGCAGUGGCCUUCUGUAAUGGGUACAUGUUCAUGAAAUCCAAGAAUUCAACUUUUUUGGAAAUUGCUUUUGAUUCUUCACUUUCAAAAUGUGUCACAAACAUGGUAUAGCUCUCAAUAAAUAUUUUAUCUACUAUUGUUUCCUUCCAGCUCAAAAACCUGAUCAGCAAUGUUGUCUAUUGGAACAUUUUAGGAAAUGAACAAAUUAUAGAUUUAUCCAUAAAGAAAAAGUGGGUGUUUAUUUACAUGCAGCCAUCUGAGUUGACUUGAAAUCUUUGAAAAUGUCUUCAUCAUCUUCAUGGUUAGAACUACAUUAGCUAACUGUCCUAUUUAUGAGGAAAUGACUUGAGAAGUAGGCAUUAGCUAUCCAAAUUCUCACCCAUCGCAGGUUAAUAGAGUCUGAAUCAGAGGGUUUAACUGAAUGCAGUAAAAGCCCAGUCACCAGCUCCCUCGUGGAGAGGGAAAGAGUAACAUUGUGUGGGGCAGCAGAAGCCAGAGGUGGCUGGAGCUCUGUCCCCGAUAAGUCUGGUGAAGGAGUCUUUGCCAAGAAGGGGUGUGUGAGGCACGUGGCUGCUGUGUGUGAUUUCUCUCUUAUGACUAAUCACCUAGCCCACGGAGGAGUUUGGGAUGCAAGGGAGAGCUAUAAAGGCCAACAAAAUGUAUUAGGUCUCUCCUGGAUCCUUGCACCUAUGGCUGAAGAAGGUGAAGCCCAUCCUGUUUUCUUGACCCUGGAGGGUAAUGACAGCAGAAGAGGAGAGCCACACAGAAUUGCCUUAGCACCUUUGCAUCUCCUGGGGGCUUGCGAGAAAUGUGGGAUCUUGGCCCCAUCCCAGACCUGCUGAAUCGGAGCCUGCAUGUUAACAACGAAUGGCUGCACAAACUUGCAGAUAGUCACAGUAACACCACUUUAGAAUACACUGAGCAGCCAAUCCAGGGACGCAAUAUUAAGGAAAAUCUUGCCUUGUGGCUUUGAAAGAGCAUGU